AUGGAUGAUGGUUCUGAUGAUGACGACGAGCCAGUGAGAAAGCGAACGCGGACCGCUCGGCGAAACCCAUUCUCGACCGUUGCAAAGGAUGACGAGUCUGAGGUUGAAGGGGUUGACGAGUCUGAGAUCGAUCCUGAUGACGAACCGGACGAAGAGUCUGAGGAUGAUCCUAACGACGAGGCUUACGAUAGCGAUUCUUCAGGUCUCUCAUCAGCACCUCCAUCUCCAAUCCUGCGUCCCACUGCUGGCGCGCAAAAAUGCCCCUCCACACUUCUACCGCGCCAUUCAGUCCUCAAGGAGAGUCCCCAACGGCGCUAUGAACAGGAGCAGGAAUCUAGACCCCUCGACCAGCAGAGAAAGCAAUGGAACUUGCUGAAAGAGAUUGAAGAUACCGAGGGAUUCGCAGAAGCGCAAGGUUACGAGGUUAGAGAGAGCGUGGAACGGGACUCCUUGCCUAGAAGACCCGUCCGAAAAGGGGCGAGGAAGAGUUAUGUUGGACAAGAGUAG